AGGACCCAAACAACAUGUACCGGAAAUUUUGAGAGCAUGAAGUAAACAUUGGCGUUAACGCUUAAAUUAUCUGAUUUCCAGCGCUUUCAGACUCUUCAGAGUGGAUACAAUGAACAACAUGUCCCCUGAGGUUGCACUGCACCGGAUCUCACCUGAGUUGCGGCCGUUGCUGUGCAGCGUUGUGCGGAACGGACGUGUAGGACUCGACUCCACAAAUUGUCUCCGUGUUACAGACCUCAAAACUGGAUGUACAUCUCUGACCCCUGGUCCCUGCUGUGAUCGCUUCAAACUUCACAUCCCCUAUGCUGGAGAGACCCUGAAAUGGGAUAUCAUAUUCAACGCACAGUACCCAGAAUUGCCACCAGAUUUUAUUUUUGGAGAAGAUGCGGAGUUUCUCCCUGAACCCUCAGAACUACCACACUUGGUCCAGUGGGAUGCUGGAGACCCAGAAUGUUUGCUCCAGCUGGUGAAGGAGCUUAUCCAGCAGUACCAUCACUACCAAUGCCAGCGUCUGCGCGAAAGCUCCAGGCUGCUCUUUGAGUAUGACAGUCUGUUGGAGGAUCCCAGCUAUGGCCGUAACAUGGAGAUUUAUGCUGGACGCAAGAACAGCUGGACGGGAGAGUUUUCAGCUCGUUUCCUUCUCAAACUCCCUGUGGACUUCAGCAACAUCCCUGUCUAUCUCCUUAAGGACACAGCGCUGGACCCUGGAGAGGACGUGGCCCUUCUCUCGGUGAGCUUUGAGGAUGCUGAGGCCACUCAAGUGUUCCCUAAACUCUACCUUUCCCCCAGCAUUGAACAUGCUCUGGGAGGCUCCUCAGCACUUCAUAUCCCAGCAUUCCCCAGUGGAGGAUGCCUAAUUGACUAUGUCCCUCAAGUGUGCCAGUUACUCACCAACAAGGUGCAGUAUGUCAUCCAAGGCUAUCACAAGAGGAGAGAGUACAUCGCUGCCUUCCUCAGCCACUUUGGAAUGGGCGUGGUGGAGUAUGAUGCUGAGGGAUUCACCAAACUCACUCUCCUACUAAUGUGGAAGGACUUUUGCUUUCUUGUACAUGUGGAUCUCCCUCUGUACUUUCCAAGGGACCAGCCCACCCUCACCUUCCAGUCUGUGUACCACUUCACCAACAGCGGCCAGCUCUAUUCUCAGGUGCAGAAGUCGUAUCCCUACAGCCCACGCUGGGACGGCAAUGAGAUGGCAAAGAGGGCCAAGGCGUACUUCAAGAGUUUCAUCCCUCAGUUCCAAGAGGGAGCCUUUGCCAACGGGAAACUCUAGUACUCUCUAGCUUAAUGACAUGCCUGGAGAGUUGCCUGUGGGAGUGUGUAUGUGAGUGUGUGUCUGUGUAUGCUGUUGUGUACCUGUAUAUGAGUAUGCACAGACUUAUAUUUGUGAAAUGUGCUGUACUGUAACGGUACAGUGAGAAUGAUGGCGUGCUCAUUGCACACAGACUCUGUGAAUUCCACACUGUUUGACCUUGAAAUGGUUGCCUCUCAGAACAGUCAGUUUUUAUUUAGUUAUAGUGAGAUUAGUGAGAAGCCACUUUGGUGUACAAGUUCAGAUGAAGAUGCCAGACACUGCAACAAAAACCUUAUACAACAAAACUCUCACCAAAUUUCUAAAAUGAGCACACACUUUGAAAUGGUAUUCACAACUAAGGGAUGUGACGAUUAGGUUCCCCCACCUCUAAAGGAUCAUGUGAAAAUAGCAAAAACCUGAACAGUGUGUUUAUGUCACAUAAUUCUGUGUGAUAAGGUUGAUAUGAUUGUUUGUCUUGUUGCCAGCUCAAAGUGAUAGGCCUUUAUUUUGAAGAGGCUCUCCAAACCUUUGACAGUAACUUUGUGUGACAGCCUGCACAAUCUGUCUGUCAGACCUGACAAUAACUAGUAUUGUUAUAUUGUACUGUGCCAAUGACGCCAGGCUUCAAGCAGUCAAACCACAGAGGGGUUGGCUCACAACACUCCACCAGAGCUGCCGUGCUGUGAAAGAUACCUGUUGAUAUGUAAACAAUAUGUAAACUAUUAGCUACAUGUAAAUCACAAAGAGCUGUAGGGAUGAUGCAAAAGAUCUUUGUUUACUGUUCAUUUGUGACUCAUGAUUGUCAAGUUUGGCUCCACUGUCGAUGUUAAAAUGAUCUACAACUAGUUUUGCCUUUUAAUUGUCUUUAUGUUCCAUUUGCCCGUUUAAAGCCCUGUGAAGUCUUCUACUGACAGGCUGACAGUACUGUAAGUUACUGAAUGUUAUGUCAAAAUUUCUAUCCAGUAAAGAAGUCGGUUUCCCAUGA